AUGGCGUCUCUACCGAUUCUGCGCAAUUGCGCCUUGAAGAAGUGCCACCAGCCCAUGCGCACAGCACCACCAGUUUUCCUCGACUUCCUUGCUCCAUCAACGGUCAAAUACAGCCAAUGUCGCCACGCCUCCACCACCGCCGGCACCACUGGUGCGUCCAAGCCUCGCUAUGUACUCAGCAAAGAACAACGCGAGUUCAUGGAUAGUGCACUUCGAGUCAAUCAGGCAGGCGAGCUCGCUGCGACUCUGAUCUACACUGCUCAAACGCCCCAGAUUGUCCGUUCAUACCCGCACCUGCGGCCUUUGAUGAAACACAUGUAUGACCAAGAAGCUGGGCACCUCAAAACAUUCAAUGGACUCGUUGCCAAGCACCAAGUCCGACCAACCGCUAUGUAUCCGGCGUGGGAGGUAGCUGCCACUUUCUUAGGGUGGUCCACUGCGGCACUAGGUCGCGAAGCUGCGAUGGCAUGCACCGAAGCUGUCGAAACUGAGAUUGGAUCUCACUACAAUGACCAAGUGAGGGAAAUUCUGUCUUGGGAGGCGGAUGCUGAGAGACGGGGGGAGGAGCUGGAUGAGGAGCUAAAGGAUAUGCUGGCCACAUUCCGGAGGAUUCGUGACGAGGAGCUAGAACAUCUUGACCAUGCUGUUGCCAAUGACUCUAAGGAAGCCAAGCCGUAUGAUCCGCUUGUGGAUGUAAUCCGUUUCGGUUGCAGGGCUGCUAUCAAGAUCAGCGAAAAGAUCUAA